UAGGAGUGGGUGCAUACUGCUGUACUGCAAUAAAUGAUCUAUUGUUUUAUUUCGGGGGACAGUGCCACGGUGGCCAUGAUAUCUGCUAUCACAACAGUAUUGCACAACUGGACACCGUUAGUCUUCAAUGGAGGGAAUUAGAACCAACUGAUGCAACUAGACCAGUUAUGAGACGAGCUUAUGGUGGAAUGCUAUCGUUUGAACAUGAUGGAGUACACCAUUUACUAAUGAUAGGAGGAAUAGGAUCUAAACCAGUUGUACAGUUAUCACAUAGUGGAUAUAGUGAGUUACCUAGUGGAAGAUGGCGUACUAAUGAGCACUCAAUGUAUAAUCUAUCAUCAAGAAAAUGGAGUAAUCCUUCAAUCAUUGGUCAGUGUAUACCUCCUGUUAGUGGCUUUGUCAUUGAAAAAAUUAGCAACACUAGAGCUGUUCUGUUUGGUGGAUUAGAGACUGAUGGUGAGGCUAAGGUUACUAUUACUGACAACAUCUAUAAUAUUAUACUAGAGAUAUCAGUCAGCACUGUGUUCUGGCAGUGUGUAAAGAAACCUGAAACGAUAGACCAAUGGCCUAUGGGUAGAUAUUUACAUGGAGGUGCUGCUAUCAUAACUGGAUCAAACCAUCCUAUGCUAGUGAUAAGUGGUGGGAGGGAUAAGGAUGGUGUUACAUUAGAUGAUUUUUGGAUCUUUAAUAUCGCUCAACAUUCCUGGAUAAAGUUAGAUGUGCCUCACUCUGUUAGUAAGAGAUUGGAUCAUUCUCUCUCAGUGUUCAUUAUGAGUCCUUCUUGUGUCUGGAUAUUAACUGUCGGAGGUUCAUUGGUUACCAGCCCUAACAUUGUCAUGUUGACUGAACUAGUUAUUGACAAAGGAGAGUGGACAGUAGGUGAUACGUUUGAUACCAAUGGUAUGAAGAAUGAAGAAUACAAGAAAAAGUAUCUACAGCACCUAGAGUUAGGAAGAAAAAUGUGGUUGGAGGCGGACUAUCAGAAACCAAGAAAGGGAGAUACAGCCGAUAUUGAGCAAACCGUACAAGCUCUUAUGAAGAAUCUUGAAGAGAAGGAGAGAGAGGCGCAAUUUUUGCAUCAGCAAUUGGAGCAGAAUAAAACAGAGAAAGAGCAUGAAAUAAAGCGAUAUUCACAUCUGCUACAAGAGAAGGAUAGAGUGGAGGCAGAGAGAGAGCAGAGAUAUAAUAGCCAGUUAGAAGAGAAGGAGAGAGAGCAUCAAGAUGUACUACAGGAGAAGAAUAAAGAGCUACAAGAGAAAGAUAGAGAGCUACAUCAGCUUCAAGAAGCAGUUCAUGUGUACCAGCAACGAGCACUUGCCAAUGAUCACUGGGUUAUUAAUAAAGAUGAGGUGACUUUGACAAAGGAGGAGUUAGGAAGAGGUUCUUAUGCUGUCGUGACUGUUGGUAUCUUUCGAGAUUUAAGAGUAGCUGUCAAGUCACUUCAUAAUAUCAUCAUAUCAGAUUAUAAUCUAGCUCUCUUCUCCAGGGAAAUGAGUAUAGCAUCACGAGUACGUCAUCCUAACCUGGUCCAGUUUAUUGGUGCAACUAAAGUGGAUAAUCCUCUCAUCUUGACCGAGCUGAUGAGCACUAGUCUUAAUCAAGAGCUUCGCAGAAACCGAUUAACCAAUCAACAGAUUCUGAGUAUUGCUCAAGAUGUAGCUUUAGGCCUUAACUACCUUCACCUGUUUAAGCCUCAGCCUAUUAUUCACAGAGAUGUCAGCAGUCCUAACGUAUUAUUAAAGCCUUGCACUGGAGCUGCUGGUUUUGAAGCUAAAGUAGCAGAUUAUGGUACAGCUAAAUUAGUACAAGUUGACAGUACUGGUACUGUUAUGCCAGGAAAUGUUGCAUAUGCUGCACCAGAAGCUCGUGAUCCUGAUCAACACAGUCCAGCAAUGGAUGUCUACAGUUACUCUGUUCUCCUUAUGGAAAUGACGUUGGGCUCUCCACCAGAAAUGACAAUGGCAGAGAGAGAAGUACAAGCUGGUAGUGUCUCCUGGUCUGAUAUGAAGUCUCUCAUACAAAUAGGAAUUAAUGCUAGUCCUAGAGCCCGUCUUACUAUGGCUCAAGUAAUAGAGUCAUUGAAGAGGAUAAAUAUAUUUGAUACCCUAUAGUGUUAAUUUAUAAUACUGUUUGUUACAAGUUUUACUGUCAGAAAGGCUGAAUUUUA